UAAUAAAAACCAUGUGGUAAAUACUUCGUUUGUCAACUCGCGAUGCAAACUUUGUAGUUUGGCGUCGUCUGCUGGAAUGUUGUGCAGAUUUCAAGAUUUCUCAGCUUUUUGUACACUUCGUCGUGACUUGAGUAUUCCUCUACAUUCGUCCGUAUUUGGUUAGAUUUUGAUGAAUUCGUGUAUAUAAGAGUGAGACCUGUGCGGAAAGAUGGAAUGAAUUUUGGGUGGAUACUUUUCUCCGUCAUUUUCCGAGGACCCGGAGCUGGCUUUUUCGUCUUGUCCUAUCCUGCCUGCCGUCAAUCGGCGCGCUGGUCACAACCGCUCAACAACUGAACCGGCCAACCGGACCAUCGGAAUUUUCACAGUCUUUCCUUGGGGUCGUCAAGACAUAAACUGCACCUCCAGUAUAUAAAGGAAACUGCUGGGUCAGGAUUGUUGAAAUCUUACCGGCUAAGUGUUCAUUUUUGCUGGUGUUUUGGGAUCUCACAGUCGCAAUAGAUGCUUAGUCAUGUAGUUCCUGUUGGGCCUGGGUGGGAGUUGAUGUAGUCACUGACAAGUGUCGUAGUCGAUUUCUAGCCGUUAAUUGUUCGGACACUUUUUUUGUCCUGAAGGCAAGCGGCUUUUUGGCAGUUUUAAUCCCAUUAUUCAGCACCAGAUGUGAGGAGAUUUUGUAACGUCCUCUGCCAAGUCUUUUCUGGUGGAAAACCCCUGCUGUGUAAGGCCAUUGGCAUUGUUAAAAUGAACCAACUUUUUUACCGUAGUGUCAGCAAAUCUUAUAAAUACCUUUUGCUAUAGGAUGCUUUGCUUUUAAGCUGUAGUUGAAGACAUUUUGUACUUGCACUCAUGAAACUUUGCUUGUUUCCUUCACUGUAAAUUUCAUCAAGUGAUCAUAAUGAGUGUCGCUGGUCAUAACCGAGACGUCCUAGUCACCAGCUCCCUGUCUAGUAUGGACAGUGGACGGGAUCACCGACCUUUGACCUCUAAGACAGGCAAGGGAGAGGAUUCGAGUCUGUCAUUCUACAUGGGUGAUGUGGGCAGUAGUCUCCCCAACAUGUCGAAAACUGCUAAGAAAUUAAGCAGGUCCUCAGAUUCACAGAGCUCAAGUUUUUACAAUUCUCCUGACAUGAGCCCUAAGACAGACCAAGUGUUUAAAUUUGACCUGAUCGGCCCUGGCUCCAAAAAGAUUGGCUAUACCGUGUGUACAAGUUCUAGCACAAGUAAGCUAUUGCAACGACCCAAACCCAAGCCAGUUGUGAGUUUGUCUGGAGAUUCCUCACCAACUGGACCCCAUAAAUUUCUCCGUGAGUCUCGCAGUCUUGAUCGAGAGGAUGAAACGGACCGGUUUCCUGAACCCCGUCGAUUGCAACGUCAGGAAACGUUUGAUUCCUCUGCAAGUAGUGUACAAGCUCUUCAAGACAAAAUAACUAACAACAAUCUAGGCAGGCCUCCGCUACGCACGGCCAAAUCAUUUGAUUUUGGCUAUCAGAGUGCAAAUGGCGGCGACUCCCAAAAUAGUCUACAGCCUCCAAGUGGAAGCGACACGCUGCAAGUUAUCAGUGCUACUAAAGCAGCGCCAUCACCGGCUACCAAACGUAGGAUCAACUAUUUCCAGAAACUUGCAUCCAGUGUUCUUUCUGGUAGUCGUUCAUCCUCAUCAGGACCUUCAAGUCCACGAGAACGCAAGUCAACGAGCAGUUCGGAGCAAUCGCUUUCAGGCGUGCCUAGCAGUCCUGAUCAUACUAGUAGUGAUGAAGGGGGUUUCAAUGACACUUUCUCUCCACCUUCUUCUCCUACAGUUAUGCAAAAAGGUCGGCAGAGUAGCUCGCCGAGUAGCAAGUUCAUGCCAAAGAAGAUUUGGAGAACCAAGUCCAAACCACAGGCUACCACACCCACUGUCACUUCACUCUGGAACCCAGAGAAAAGAAAAAUCAAUAUGGCCUGCCGAAAGAGGUGACAGCGAUGACAUUUUACGCGGGAGAGUGAAUCCCCGCUCGUCGCUGUGCCGUAAACCCAUCUGCAUAUAUUGCUAUCUAAAUUGUAAUUUUUGUCUAUCGGAUUCCGGCUGCAUUAUAUCAGCCUGCAAUCUGCACUGCCGAGCAAAAAUCCAUACCUGAACAUUCUUUAUUUGGUCCCGUGAAAUUUCCCAGCGGCCGUCCAAAGCGAAUAUUUGUUUUCUUGCAACUGCUGGGUAGGCGCUGGAAUUGGAAAUUCAAUCAGUUCUGAUUUCUUGCCUUGAGUUUCUUCAAAUCUCCAAAUUAAAAAAAAUUCAGUGCAGGAUAUUAUGUUGUAACGAUCAAUAUCUUUAUUGUGUUUUUACAUUUUAUGUUUAUGUCAUAAUUCUGUUAAUUAUUUUUGUAAUGGCAAUUUGAGUGGCAAAAAGGCUGUUCCUAACUCACAAAAUUGAUUCAUUAAAUGGUUGUUGUAAUUACAAUUCACAAAACUGGGUUUAAAAAAUGAUUCAUCACCAAUACUGUACAAUGUUCCAAUUUCAAUUUUGACAUUAUACUGUUCAGUUAAAAUUUGAAAUGAGAGGAAAAUGUUGAUAGAAUCUGUACUAGUUUUAUCUUUGCGAGGUUAAUUGUAUCAAAACUGUUGUUCCAGCCACAUAAAUCAAAUAUAUUUCUGUUAUCACUGCUGCAACUGCUGUGGCUAUUAGUAAACAUUUAAUUCAACUUAAUUGCUGGUCUUGUUUGUUUGCUGUGCUCAAGUUGUUCAAACAGUGUCAAGUUUUAUCUUGCUUGCAUUCAGAUAAACACAGCUAUUAGCGAAGAUUCAAGUGUGCCUGAGGUUGGUUGUUCCGGUCAGAAAUUUCAAGUUGAAAUCUAAUUCCAUCCAUGUCUGAAGGACAGAACGCCCACAGGCCUGGACAGUCACAGUCAGCAUUGUAGUCCAAACUGUGGG